AACGUCGUGGGUGCCGCUGCAUCUCGAUCCUUGACGCUGGAACCGCGAUGGUUAUCCAGACUCCAGAGAAGGACAAUCACGUCCCCGCAGCCCGAUCGCUGAUGCUCGACCCUCGUCCCUGCUGCCGCCGCAGCCCGCCGCAGCCGUUCCAGGCGACGGGCACCCCGCUGCGCCUCGGCGGCUCAGAGAAGGGUGUCCCCGACGGACGGGGCCCUGCCGGACGAGCAGCCUCGAACUGCGAGGGCUCAGGCCGUCAGCGUGGCGGCGCCGCCGGCAUGGACCCCAGCGCGGCCCCGGGCGGCGGCGUGAGGAGUGGGGCGGUGCACGCGAAGGGCGCCACGAGGGUGCCGAAGCAGCAGUCGAAGGCGCCGCCCACGGCGAAGCUUGCAAAGGCGAAGCUGGAGGCGUUCGCGAAGAAGGCCCGCGAGAGGCAGGCCGCCGCGUCGCUUCAGGAGCGCGAGCGCGAGCGGAGGCGCGCCGAGGCGCAGGGCUCGCGGGACGCCCGCCUGGCCGAGCGCGCCGCGGCGAGGGCGGCGGAGAGCGAGGCGUAAGUCGGGCAUGUUCUUUUUUCUACAAGGGG